GGCAAAGAGGUAAGUGCAGGUUGGGGAAUAAAGGAGUCCAUCAAGUGGAGGAAGAAGCCAGGCCAAGGUCAGGAUGUGCCCCUUCCCCACUCACCACCUGCCCCCACCUCCCAGGGCCCUUUUGUGCAUAUCGCAAGCAUGUGUGCUGCUCUCCUCAGCAAGUUCCUCUCCCUGUUUGGGGGCAUCUAUGAGAAUGAAUCCCGGAACACAGAGAUGCUGGCCGCCGCCUGUGCCGUGGGAGUGGGCUGCUGCUUUGCGGCACCCAUUGGAGGUGUGCUCUUCAGCAUCGAGGUCACCUCUACCUUCUUCGCUGUGCGGAACUACUGGCGGGGCUUCUUUGCCGCCACCUUCAGUGCCUUCAUCUUCCGGGUCUUGGCAGUCUGGAACCGUGAUGAAGAGACCAUUACGGCUCUCUUCAAAACCCGGUUCCGGCUUGACUUCCCCUUCGACCUCCAGGAGCUGCCGGCCUUUGCUGUCAUUGGUAUUGCAAGUGGCUUCGGGGGAGCGCUCUUUGUCUACCUGAACCGGAAGAUUGUCCAGGUGAUGAGGAAGCAGAAGACCAUCAACCGUUUCCUCAUGAAGAAACGCCUGCUCUUCCCGGCUCUGGUGACCCUGCUCAUCUCUACUCUGACCUUCCCCCCUGGCUUUGGACAGUUCAUGGCCGGACAGCUCUCACAGAAAGAGACACUGGUCACCCUGUUUGACAACCGGACGUGGGUCCGCCAGGGCCUGAUGGAGGAGCUUGAGCCACCCGGAACCUCACAGGCCUGGAACCCACCACGCGCCAACGUUUUCCUCACCCUGGUCAUCUUCAUUCUCAUGAAGUUCUGGAUGUCUGCACUGGCCACCACCAUCCCAGUGCCCUGCGGGGCCUUCAUGCCUGUCUUUGUUAUUGGAGCAGCAUUUGGGCGUCUGGUGGGCGAAAGCAUGGCUGCCUGGUUCCCAGACGGGAUUCACACAGACGGCAGCACUUACCGGAUCGUGCCUGGAGGCUAUGCAGUGGUGGGGGCGGCUGCGCUGGCAGGAGCAGUGACACACACAGUGUCCACGGCCGUGAUCGUGUUCGAGCUCACAGGCCAGAUCGCCCACAUCCUGCCUGUUAUGAUCGCCGUCAUCCUGGCCAACGCCGUUGCCCAGAGCCUACAGCCCUCGCUCUAUGACAGCAUCAUCCGAAUCAAGAAACUGCCCUAUCUGCCCGAGCUGGGCUGGGGCCGCCACCAGCAGUACCGGGUGCGAGUGGAGGACAUCAUGGUGCGGGAUGUUCCCCACGUGGCCCUCAGCUGCACCUUCCGGGACCUGCGGUUGGCACUGCACAGGACCAAGGGCCGCGUGCUGGCCCUAGUAGAGUCCCCUGAGUCCAUGAUCCUCCUGGGCUCCAUCGAGUGCUCACAGGUGGUGGCAUUGCUGGGGGCUCAGCUGAGCCCAGCCCGCCGGCGGCAGUACAUGCAGGAGCAUCGAGCUGCCCGGACCUCUUCCCCCUCCGAUCAGGAGAGUCCCCCCAGCCCUGAGACCUCCCUCCUCUUCCAGGUGAACACAGAAGACUCGGGCUUCCCUGCAGCACGGGGGGAGACUCACAAGCCCCUGAAGCCUGCUCUCAAGAGGGGGCCCAGCAACACCAUGAACCUCAAGGAGAGUCCCACAGGGAACAUGGAGCAGGCAGGCAUCGCCCUCAGAAGCCUCUUCUGUGGCAGUCCGCCCCCCGAGCCUGCUUCAGAGUUGGAGAAGUCGGAAAAAUGUGACAAACGCAAGCCGAAGCGGGUCCGAAUUUCCUUGGCGAGUGACUCGGACCUGGAAGGCGAGAUGACCCCUGAGGAGAUUCUAGAGUGGGAGGAGCAGCAACUAGAUGAACCUGUCAACUUCAGCGACUGCAAAAUUGACCCUGCCCCCUUCCAGCUGGUGGAGCGGACCUCUUUGCACAAGACUCACACCAUCUUCUCACUGCUGGGAGUGGACCAUGCUUACGUCACCAGUAUUGGCAGACUCAUUGGAAUUGUCACCCUAAAGGAGCUCCGGAAGGCUAUCGAGGGCUCUGUCACAGCACAGGGUGUGAAAGUCCGGCCGCCCCUUGCCAGCUUCCGAGACAGUGCCACCAGCAGCAGUGACACAGAGACCACUGAGGUGCAUGCACUCUGGGGGCCCCGCUCCCGCCACGGCCUCCCCCGGGAGGGCAGUCCUUCUGACAGCGACGACAAGUGCCAGUGAUCCCCUCAAGGGGUGGCCUGGGAUGGCAGUGGCCAUGGCUGUCGACCCAGAUCCUGCAGCUCUCCUGUUCCUUCUGCCUUGGGAAAACAGGAGUUCCAGCCCCGCUUCCAGACCUGGGGUGCUAGCAUCUCCUGGCUCAUCCUACCUGAAAUCUGACCCAGUGCCCACCUGCAGCAAAUGUUCCAAGGGCAGGAAGGUCAGCACUGCCCUGACAGGGUGGGGGUGGGUUCACUUGACCCCUGCUCCCCCUUUGAGGGAAGGGGUAGAACUAAUAUGGGUUUAUACUGGAACCUCCCGUCACCAGAUGUACAUAGAGAUUUACAAAGAUUUUUAUAUUAAUUUAAUAAAACAAAUUCUUAAAUAGAACAAAAUAAACACCUAAUGAGCCACU